AAUAUUUAGAUGGAAAUUUGCAUAUACUGCUAUUCUAAAUGAACAUGUUCGACCACGUUUAACAGCAUUUAAAUGGGAAGUUAUUAAAGAAAAUCUGAAUAGAUAUAAAGAAUAUCGUGAAGUUUAUUUACAAGAACUAAAUCAUCAUAAAAAUGAAAAACGUGCUCAAGAAUUAGAAAAACAAAUUGAUCUUUUUAAUCUAAUUUAUAUUCGUCGAACUGCACAAAUUCAAUAUGCUAAGAAAAAGAUUGAAGAAAAAGAUUUUUCUUGGUGGGAUAAAUUAGUCAAUUGGUGGAAUUCAAAUCCAAAUCAAGAUAAUACAGAAUUUAAAUUUACUGAUUCAUUAUCAACGGAAGAAAAAAUAAAAUUAUAUCAAGCAAUUGGUUAUAAAGAUGAUCAAUCUUCGCAACAAUUAGAUUAUCCAGAAGAGUAUAUUGAUAUUGAUAUUUCAUUGAAAUUAAAUCUUAUUGAAAUAAAUGUUUGGUCUUUAAUCCAUCAAAAUGAUUUACAAAGUUCAUUUAGUUUAUCUGACAAUGGAGGUGUUUCUAUUGAUAAUUAUAAAAAUGGGACAUGUUCGGCUUAA